GUUCACAAGUCCUAGACGUCAACCAUAAUAUUGAGAUACGACGGCCCACGAAAGAGUCGGUACUUCAGCAGUACAGCGUCGAAGUUUUCACACACCUGAGUGAACGUCCACCAGACUAGGCCCGACCCGUUCUCUCUCACCCUGAGGAAACCACAACUCUCCACAACAUGCCUUUCGACGUGAACAAAUCGUCAGGAACAUGGAAGCAUGGGGAAAAUUCAGACAACUACAAGGACAUCAUGGUGAAGCUUGGCGUUCCAGCCGAAAUGUGGGACCAACUGAAGAAUGCGGAAUUCCCCGUCAAUUCCUCCCUGUCAGGGAACGUCAUGACGUCUAAGGUGGAGGCCAUGGGGAAAACUAUCGAGAACACUUUCACUUUGGGUGUGGAGGGCGAGGAAUCGGACCCGAUGGGCACGAAACGAAAGGUGACCUACACCAUGGAAGGAGACAACCUGGUGUCUGUGUACCCGAACCAUGACGGGAAGGGGCUCUCUGUCCACACCAGUCGCCAUUUUGUUGACGACAACACCAUAAAAGUGACUUUCAAGGUCGGUGACCUCGAGGGCUGGGCAACGUCCAAGCGGUGCUAGACGUCCGAGAAGACGUUGACCUCGACGACAAAGAUUUCACACAUUGGAGGCCGCAACGAGCUUUUGGUUGAAGAGACUAGUGGCAUGCUUUAAGGCAUUUCCACUGUGUUUUAUUACACUGUGAGCAUCAAUAAAGCUAUUGGUUCUUAACA